AUGUCUGGGCCAGAAGUCCACCAUCUCUUCCACCACCCUAUCGCCGACCAUUCCUUCUCCGCCGACCGCUCAACGCUCGCCGUUGCACGAGAAAACAAUGUCGAGCUGUACCACCGGUCCGGCUCCAAGUUCAGCUUGAAGGAUGAAUUGAAGGGCCACGACAAGACCGUCACGGGCGUGGACAUUGCGCCCAAUAGUGGGAUGAUUGUGACUUGUUCUCAAGACCGCAACGCCUACGUCUGGGAACCCGGCCCAACCGGCGAAUGGAAGCCGACCCUUGUGCUCCUCCGCAUCAACCGCGCCGCCACGUUCGUGCGCUGGUCCCCGUCAGAGAAAAAGUUCGCCGUCGGCUCGGGCGCCCGCGUCAUCGCGGUCUGCUACUUUGAGGAAGAGAAUGACUGGUGGGUUUCGAAGCACCUGAAAAAGCCCAUCCGAAGCACCAUCACCACCGUGGCGUGGCACCCCAACAGCGUGCUUUUGGCGGCCGGGUCCACGGACAGCCACGCCAGGGUGUUUUCGGGAUUCAUCAAGGGCAUCGAUGAACGCCCCGAGCCGAGCGUGUGGGGGGAGAGAUUGCCCUUCAAUACCGUCUGUGGAGAGUACCUGAACGACGCGGCGGGCUGGGUUCACGCCGUGUCCUUCUCGCCGAGCGGUGACGCCUUGGCCUUUGCCGCCCACGACAGCAGCAUCACCGUCGUGUACCCCAGCGGGCCCGAGCAACCUCCCCGGGCGAUGCUCAACAUCUCGACGCAAACCCUCCCCUUCACGUCGCUGAUCUGGAACGGCGAAGCCGAGAUCCUCGCCGCGGGGUACGAUUGCGAGUGUUUCCGCUUCCGGGGCAGUGAGCAAGGGUGGGAGCUGGUGGGCAGCGUCGAGAUGGCAAACACGCGCCCGGGCAUGGGCGGCGGCGCCAUGAGAGAGGAAUCCGCGCUCAACAUGUUCCGGCAGAUGGACCUCAAGGGAAAAGUCAAGGACGACACGCAGUUGAGCACCACGCAUCAGAACACGAUCAACACCAUCAGAGUGUUCCAGGGCGGUCCGGGCGGUGUGACCAAGUUCAGCACAAGUGGUGUCGAUGGCCGGGUUGUCAUUUGGACGCUUUAG